AUGGACUUGCCUUCCUAAUUUAAUCUUGAACUUUAACCAGUCAGCAAUCAACAAUUACCUCUUUUAUCAAAUUCUGAAGAAGAAAACCAUGGGGAAAAGAGGUCCCUAUUAACCUUGCUGUUCUUCUUGGAUGUUUAUCCAAUGAUGAAGGUAUUGACAAACUCGAUAAUCUAGCAAUCUCAACAAGUCUCCCUUGAAAGCGAUUAAAUUAAAGAGCUUAGAUUUGAGAAGCGAUCUCUUAAAAUGCAUGAGUAGUUUUCUUCCCAUCUAUAAAAGGAUGGGAAACUUAUUAAAUAGCUUUUAUUAUUCUUUAUGUGUAAUAUUCUAUGUCAUAUUAGCUCCACUUCUAAAGGUUAUUCUAAUUCUGUUAAUAUUAACAUUGGGAUAGCUUUGCAUGCCUUUAUUAAUAAAAACUGUUAUUGACUUUAUUAAGAGUGAAAAUAGAGAUGAAAAUGAUGGACUCUAUUUGAUUUUGGCCAUUUUAUUUCUCAGAAUAAUGAACAUAUUUUCCCAAGCUCAUUCUAGAAGGAUGAUAGUAAUAUUUCAAUGAUAUUUAUAGCUUUGUGUAGGUUAUGACGCCAUGUCGGUAGUUAGUGUGGAAAUAAUGAGAAAGUGCUUGCGUGUUUCAUUGCUUAGUACUACCGAAUGGUCAAGUGGAGAAAUAACAAAUUUAAUAUAAGUAGAUGCUCAGAAACUAAUCCUCAUUACGAGUUACAUUUCUAGUGUAUUAAUGAUACCUAUACAAUUAGGUAAUUAAUAAUGUGUUAUAUCCUUUUAGGAAUCAGUUUAUAUUUAAUGUACAGUAUGAUAGGUCUGUCAUUUUUGAUUGGAUGUACAAUCAUAUUGAUAAUGAUACUGUUUAAUAUCUUUACAGGGAAGUAGAUCGUGAAAUCACAACGAAAAUUAUUGAAGGAUAAAGAUGAAAGAACAAAAAUAGCCAACGAAAUAUUCUCAUAAAUUAAAUUUAUCAAAAUUAAUGCUUUGGAAGAACACUUUUUGGUCAAAAUAGAUCAAGCCAGGGAGAAGGAGAUAAGCAGCAUAAAAAAUAGACUCUAUUACUCUGCAAUUAAUAUAUUUUCUGUAUGGUUGACACCUUAGUUAAUUUUGAGUAUGACCUUUGGUUUAUAUGUUUAUUUGGGACAUUAAUUGAAUCCCAGCACUACUUUUGCUAUCAUAAGCUUAUUUUAGAUUUUGCAACAACCUUUGCUUCAAUUACCAAUUGCUAUUAAUUCAUUGAUAGAGGCCAAUCUUUCAUUAAAAAGAAUAUCUAAAUUUCUGGCUACAAAUGAUCUGAUGACUAAUUGUAUCCACACAUCAGAAUUCAGAGAUCCAACAGCAGCAGUUGAUUUUCAGAAUGGAGUAUUCUAUUGGAACAAAUUAAUCAAUAAUUCAGUUGAAUUAAAUGGAAAUCAGGAAGAUCAGAAUGAAGGAGGAGAUAAUGUAAAGGAAAGAUUCUAAGCCCAAUAAAUAGAAUAGCCAAUAUUGAAAAAUAUCAAUUUGAGAAUAGAACCUGGAAAAUUUGUUUCGAUAAUUGGAGAUGUAGGCUCUGGAAAGACUUCGUUUUUAUAGGCACUUUUAGGAGAGAUGAUAUAUUUUGAAGGAUAUGGAUAGCCUAAAAUAAGAUUGAAUGGGAAAAUAGCAUAUGUUAGUUAGAAACCUUGGAUACAAAAUGCAUCAGUUAAGGAUAAUAUUACCUUUGGUAAAUAAUUUAAUUAGCAAUAAUAUGAUAAUGCCAUCUACUAUUCUUGUUUAACUCAAGAUUUGUAGAUUUUAAUUAAUGGAGAUUAAACUAUGAUCGGAGAAAAGGGAAUCAAUUUAUCAGGGGGACAAAAAGCGAGAAUCAGUUUGGCCAGAGCUAUUUAUAGUGAUUCUGAUAUCAUUCUUUUGGAUGAUCCAUUAAGUGCUGUUGAUGCUCAUGUUGGCAAUUUCAUCAUGAAAGAAUGCUUAUUAGGCAAACUAAAAUCAACUACUAGGAUUCUAAUCACUCAUGCUUUGAAUUAUUGUAAAUAUACAGAUUAUAUUUACUUAUUUGAAAAAGGAGAAGUGAUUGAGCAAGGUGCUUAUAGAAGUAUGCUCAAAAGUUAAAAGUUUUAGGAAAUCAAAACCAAGUUUAACAAUAAUUAUAAUGAAGAUUUAGAAGAUUCCCUAUUGAUUAUCAAUCCAUUAGACAGUUUCGUGAAGAAUCCUAAACCAGAAAAUAAUAAUAACAAUAUGAAUACCCUUACUACUAUUGCUCAACCUUAAUAAGAUGAAGUGGAUGAUCUUAUGAUAUUAGAAGAGAGAUAGAAAGGUAAUAUUAAUUAUGAAGUCUUCUUGUAAUAUUUUGCUCAUAAUGGGGGUUGUCUAAGUUUUUCAUUAGUGAUGGUGAUUAUGGUUGUCUGGAUAUUUUGCUACUUAGGUUCUAGCAUAUGGAUUUCAAAGUGGGCUGCUUUAUCAUCAACUGAUGAAGAAUUUUCAAGAAACACUUUGUACUUUUCAAUCUAUUUCACUUUCGGCUUUAUGCAGGCUUUCUUUGCCUUUCUUAGAGGAUUAACAAUUAUUCAUUAAUCAAUUAAAUCAGCCUAAAUAGUUCACACCAAAAUGAUGAACACUUUGAUUUAUGCUCCUUAAUGUUCAUUUUUCGAAAGAGUACCUUAAGGUAGGAUUAUGAAUAGACUAACUAAGGAUAUUAAUUCAUUAGAUACUGAAAUCUAUUGGAAUAUAAGUUGGCUCUACACGAAAGUCAGUCAAUUGAUUAGUAAUACUUUUCUAAAUGUAUAUGCAAGUACCUACCUUAUAAUAUUUCCUAUUAUGGGAUUCUUUCUCAUAUGUUUCAAAAUGAACAGACUAUAUAUGAAAGCUUCCAGAGAACUUCAAAGACUAGAGUUAAUCAGUAAAAGCCCUAUCCUAAGUUAUUUCACUGAAACCUUAUCAGGAUUAACUACAAUCAGGGCUUAUUAACAAACUAGUGAAUUUCUCUACAAUUUUUCAAGAAAAAUAGACACCAACAAAAAAAUAUAUUACAAGUAGGUUGAAUCUAAUGCAUGGUUUUUAUAAAUCUUAGGACUGUCUAGUCUUAUUGUAAACAUCUCAGCUAUAGUUUAUUGCAUCUAUUAUACUCAAAACCCAGCAUUUGCAGGACUUCUAAUGACAUAUGCCUCCAAUAUAGACAUAAACAUUCUUCAAACAGUUGAAUCUUUAAGCCUAUUAGAAAACGGUAUUAUUUCGUUUGAACGAUGUUUAGCAUACACAAAGUAACUUUUUAUAUUUAUUUUUAAGCGUCAAAUCAGAGAAGAGAAAUGAAAAUAAUGUCAAAGUGUAAAAUUGGCCAAAUCUUGGUGAAAUCUAAUUUGCUGACUUCUCUGUCUAAUAUCGUUCGAACCUCCCUCCUGCAUUAACUAAUUUAAAUUUCAAAAUCAAUUCCAAGGAAAAAAUUGGAGUUGUAGGUAGAACUGGAGCCGGCAAAUCAUCCAUCACCUUGAGUCUAUUAAGGAUCUUAGAAUCCUUAGAAGGACAAAUACUGAUUGAUGGUGUUGAUAUUUCAACGUUAUCACUUAAGCAAUUAAGGGAAUCAAUCACCAUAAUUUUACAAGAUGCUGUAAUAUUCAAUGCUACCAUAAAAGAAAAUCUAGACCCUUUAUGUCAAAGAUCUAAUGAAGAAAUUUUAACCACCAUUAAUUAAUGUUGCUUAGAUAGGUUAAUCAGCAAUAGGGAUGGAUUAAUGACUAAAAUCUCAGAAGGUGGAGACAAUUUAAGUGCUGGUGAAAAAUAAUUAAUAUGUAUUGCUAGAGCUAUUUUAAAAAAAACAAAAAUUGUUAUCAUUGAUGAAGCCACUGCAAACAUCGAUGUUGACACAGAACAUAGGAUUUAACAAGUGAUUUAAUCAGCAUUUCAAAAUUGCACUGUACUAACAAUUGCUCAUCGGAUAAAUACAAUUCUACAUUGUGAUAAGUAUUAAAUUUAUUAUUAAUUUAGAAUUAUAGUUAUUGAUAAAGGGUAGUUGAAAGAAUAUGGGUUCACCCAAGAACUAUUAAACGAUAAGAAUUCUACAUUCUAUUCGAUAUAUUAAGAAGCACUAUAAAAUGAAGCUCACUGAU